CUUUCUGUGACGUCACGUAACCCGGAUAUGUUUCAAUUUCGAAAACAAAACCUUGCUAGUCGGCAAAACUAAUUAUUGUAAAAUCAUGAGUAACAUGUCUAGCCAAACGACACCUACUGUUAAUAACCAGUCUAUACGUCAUCGGCGUGAGUUAGAAGAGCUUGAGGAUCGAAGAAGAUGGCAUUCUCACCAUCCGUCCAACUACACUACAAGACUAUUAACAGAUGGCACCAGAGCCAGUUCACGCCCCACCAGUGACCCUGGGUCCAGGUGGCCCUAUGUAGAUGACCCCACAACCAGACAGCCCCAGGUGGAUGACUGCGAACGUCUAGGGACCCUUUUCGGAGAGCUGAACAAGUGUCUUCGCAACAUUGGAUUCUCCCAGAUGUACUUUGGGGAAAAGAUUGUGGAGCCUGUGGUGAUCAUCUUCUUCUGGAUCCUAUUGUGGUUUCUGGGUAUCCAGGCUCUAGGCCUGGUUGGAACUUUGUGCAUCAUCAUCAUCUAUCUUCAGAAGUAAACAAAUAGGAUUUCUAAUGACAGUGUAGAGCUCUGUUCUAAUAAUGAGACAAUUGUAUGAAUCGUAGUGUCUUUGCUGUCUGCUUGUUUUUUUUGCUGACGCUACAGGCUUUAUUGAGCAUCUGUGAACUGGACACCUCGGAUUAUAGUGGCCAAAUAAUUUGGUGAUGUUCUUCUAGAGUGUCAAAGGAAUGGCUUGUUCACACGCAUGUUGACAGAAGGGAUGUGGGAGCUCAGAGCUCUAACUCAAAUAAAUUAGCUUUAUCUCUUAAAAUAAUGUCCUUCCCUCAUCUACACUUGUGAUAGAUGAGAAGGGAUGUGAAAUUAAUUUAUGUUUUAUGAUUAUGGACCUUUUAGACUCACAAAAUGUCCGGGCUAUACAGACUGAGAUUCAGGCACUUCAAAAACAUGUAAUGUUGAUAGAUCACUCUGUAGGCUACAUUCAGAUUGAUUAGUGCCAUUUGUUAACCUAUACUGUACUAACUAUGAAUGUUCCAAAGUUGGACUGUGUCCAUUUUAACUAAAUGUAGCAUAGUCCUUAUUUAAAAUCAAAACCAAAUAUUCUCUUGAGGAAAAUAACAUGGAAUGGGAUUUAUGUUAUCUUACCUGAUGAUUUUCACUAGCCUCUCACUUUAAGUAAAUUACCUUGAAUGGUUGUCAACGGUUUUAUUUUUCCUGUACCUCUACUUCAAUGAAGAAAUCUAAUUUGGCAUGCAAUUCAAUGGUGAAAUGUGAUGGGAGGAAGAGCAUUGAUGUGUAAUUAUUGCUCUUUUUAAUUCUUGUUCUUAUGGUACCUUAAACCAGGUUCUCAAUACUGCAGUGUUCUCACAACAGUGUAUUUUUACAGAUCAGUCCACAGAAAGUGGGCAUUCUCCACAUUUUUGUGCCACACAACAAUGUACUAUGGUGCAAGAGUUUUGAAGCAUCUGCUCUUUUGAAACAUGGGCCUCACGCCAUCUGUAUGCACUCAAUUGAGCUUUUUUCAUGCUCUUGUAGCCCAUAUUAUGGACGGAAAAAUACGGCCUUGGCCAGUUUGAAAAGAAAGUCAAACGUACUGAUACAUAGGAAUUGCAUUGAACUGAAAAAUACGAGGUGAGAAUGGUUGUCGUUUGAAGAAUUUCCAAUUUUAGUAAAUUACAGUGUAUUUAUUAGAUUGGUAUGUACAGACAUAUGAAACCAGAAAAAGCUAUAAUUAUAUUUUUUAUGUGUAAUUCAUGUGGGUAUGCUUAAUGACCAGGGUUAAUUUCGAUUUGUCUGAACACAAAUAUCAGCUGCCCCAGAUGUCUUCUUUAAGAGUUAACAACACAAAUCAGACUUUUAUUUUCCCCACAUGCAUUCCAUCUCAUGACAUUUCAAUUUGGGAUAUCACUGGAAAUUGACCUAUUUCCGACCAGAGUGACUUGGGCUAACCAGGGGUGACUUGGAAUAACCAGGGGUGACUUGGGCUAACCUUUUAAAAAGGAGAUCUAUAUACUAAGGUCAGUUCAGAGGGAAAUUAUGUUAUGCUUAUUUUGUAAUAAUAUAUAUAUACCAUCACUACCUGUUAAUGAGGUUUUGAUGAAGCAUGAUUACUAUUUGUUAGCCAUCCAAAAGCAUACAAUCCCCUACAUUUUAAACCAUAAAAAACAACACAAACAUGAUAUCAUACUGUGAACUGGGUGAUUCCAAAGAAUGCCUAUUAUAAAUAUCAGCGUAUAUAAGCGUAUCUUUUUUUACUUUGAAAUCACUACAUUGACAAGUGCAAUUAUUCUGUACAUGGAGUGCCUUUCAAAAGGUUUGAGACCCUUAACCAAUUAUCUUAUGUUGCUGGAUUGCAAAUGGUACAUUUACAUUUUGUUCUGUUUGACAUUCUAUUUUAAUACACUGAAACUUAGUAUAAAGCCAAACUGUACAACACUGUCCAUGCCUCAUUAGACACACUAUCACUACAGUGAGGUAUAAUGGUGGCAACAUCAUGCUGUGGGGAUGCUUCUCAUUAGCAGGGGCAGUUUUAACCUGUUUCAGUCAGCUAAAACUCUUGGGUGGAAAUUCAUCAUACAGGAUGAAAAUGAUUUCAGGCCAAAGCUACUUUGGAGUGGUUCACUAAUAAAAAAGGUGAUUUUCCUACAGCGGCCUAGUCAAAAUCCUGAUCACAAUGCCAUUUAUAAUCAGUAUCGGUAUUAGAAAAUUGUGGUCCACAAGCGUGAAACCUGAACCACCUGGAUCAAAUAUGUCAAGAACAUUUUAGAAAAUCACUCUGACACCAUGUGUACAGCUGGUAAUUACUUAUCCCAAAAUACUUCAAGAAGUUAUUGCAGUGAAAGGUGGCUCUACUGAAUAUUAAUAUUUUGGGGUUGAACACUUAUGCAAGCAAGAUAUUUCAUUUUUUUUGUUUUUCUUUCUCAAAAUAUUUUCCAACAUUAAACCAAUGUCACCUUACAAUAAUCGAUUUUGAGUUGUAAUUUUAAAUGGACCACUAGUAAUUCACUAAAAUGAUAUCAUUGGUCACGGGUCUGAAUACUUUUACAAGGCACUGCAUAUGAUUCACGGUCCUACAUAGUGUAGCUUGAAAAUAUUUUUAAUCUGUUUCUUAAAGAUGACACAAUGCCACCAGUAUAUCGGGGAUUCACCCUUCUAAUUUAUCUUGAUUCCCUGGAGGGACUGGAAUAACGGCAGCCUCAGUUCAGAUGCCGUCUCUUGGCUAGUGAAGGGUUUGAGAUAUGCAAAAACAAAUAAGGUUUUGCAUUGAAUCAAUGCAUCUUGUUCUAAGAUCUCUAUUUUAUUAGGUUGUACAGUAAUAUCAGCUUCACUUGAGGUUUGUUACUCACCUAAUUCAGAACUCAUUAUUUGAAUUAGAAUAUAUUUAUCUCUGUUAAGAAUAAUUGAAUGUUUGAUUCAUCAUAGUGGGAAAAGGAAUAGCUCAGUGGUAGGGUGUAUGAAUUGAAAAGAGUCUGCUACAUGAAUAUACCACUAUUAUUAUAAUGGUAAUGUGUGAAAAUACUGAUGAAAGGUUCCAACUUGAUGCCACUCAUAAUACUGUCUAAUGUGAAGGUAUGUAUGAGACAUGAGUAGUCUACAAUAAUAAUUCCUUCAGGGUGAAAUAGUUGGCAUAUACUGCUGAUUGUGCUAUAGGCCUAUCUACUGUUAAAAUGGUCCAGAUAAUGCAGCUUAAUUAUUUAAAACGUAAAUGCUGCAGCAAGACUAUUGACUAGAACACUAGAUUACAAACCUUUCUGUUUUGUCAGUUUUAUGCCUGCUGAAGUGUGUGUUGUAUGUAGCAUGGUUAUAUAACACAGAGUACGUGUGUGGAAUGACAUUCUAAUACAUUAUACGUCUACAUUGUACUGUGUAUGUUGAAAUGACAAAUAAAGCAAACUUGAACUUG